UCGUCUCACUUCAGAACUUCCGAGUGUCUCCUCUCUUUUUUUUCUCUUCUCUCUCGGGGAAAGCGAAAGGGGAGAAGGGGAAGAAGAGAAAAAAAAAAUCCAUUACCACCACUCGCUCGCUCUCUGCGGAGCCGCGACGCACGCACGCGAAUCUCGCGCACGGGUUUGGGUCUGCUGGGGGUUUGGGUCUGCUGGGGGGCGAACGCUCGAUCCGCGGAGGAAAACCCUAGGCAGGUGGUGGUGGGAGUGGAGAGAUGGCGUCGCCGAGGAAGGACAACGGGGGGUUCCUGACGCAGGAGCAGCGGGAGAAGCUCCGGAUCGCGGUGCAGAACGCUGAGACGCUGUCGCUUGCGUCGCCGCGCUCGCCCACUGGGGGGACCACCUCGGCGCUGCUGCUGCACUACGAGCAGCAACAGCAGCAGCAGCGCGCCGCGGCGGCGGCUGCGGCCAGGGGCGGCGGAGGGGGCGGCGGGGUCAGGAACGUGCGUCGGGCGCAUUCCGGGAAGGCCGUCAAGGUUAAGAAAGAUGGUGCUGGUGGCAAGGGCACCUGGGGAAGACUUAUUGAUGCUGAUGCAGCCACAUUCCUUGACCGGAAUGAUCCAAACUAUGAUAGUGAUGAGGAGCCAUAUGAACUGGUUGAAGUCCCUCCAACAACCCCACUGGAGGACUACAAGAAAUCUCUUGUCACGAUAAUUGAAGAAUAUUUCAGCACUGGUGAUGUUAAAUUGGCUUCUUCUGAUCUUAAAGAGUUGGGUCAUGAUGACUUCCAUCGCUACUUCAUCAAGAAGCUUGUUUCCAUGGCAAUGGACAGGCAUGACAAGGAGAAAGAGAUGGUGUCUGUGAUGUUAUCAUCUCUUUAUGGUGACGUGUUCAGUUCAACUCAAAUCAAAUUAGGCUUUGUGAUGCUGCUACAGGCUGUUGAUGAUUUGACUGUUGACAUCCCUGAUGCGGUUGAUGUCCUUGCUCUUUUCAUUGCACGAGCAGUGGUCGAUGACAUUCUUCCACCUGCUUUUCUCAGCAAGGCAAAAGGGAGUCUUUCAGAGUCUUCAAAGGGGAUGCAAGUAUUACAAAUUGCAGCGAAGAGCUAUCUUUCAGCACCGCACCAUGCAGAGUUACUUGAGCGGCGUUGGGGUGGUUCAACAUACAUCACAGUAGAGGAGGUAAAGCGGAGGAUUACUGAUCUUGUAAAGGAAUAUAUCAAGAAUGGUGAUACAACUGAGGCAUGUAGGUGCAUAAGAGAGUUGGCUGUGCCCUUUUUUCACCAUGAGGUCGUCAAGCGAGCUGUCACUCUUGGAAUGGAAAGUCCAGCUACAGAAGCACUUAUUAUCAAGCUUCUGAAGGAAGCAGCUGAAGAAGGUUUGAUAAGCUCUAGUCAGAUGAUGAAGGGAUUCUCUCGUGUUGCAGAAAGUCUUGAUGAUCUCUCUCUUGAUGUACCAUCCGCAAAAUCUCAGUUCCAGACAUUGGUACCAAAAGCAGUCUCUGAGGGAUGGCUUGACUCUUCAUAUGUACCUUCAGGUGCCAAUGGCCAUGUCCAAGAUGAUGACCAUGAGAAGCUGAGGAGGUACAAGAAGGAGGCUGUGUCUAUGAUACAUGAGUACUUCCUUUCUGAUGAUAUACCAGAGCUUAUUCGCACCCUCAAAGAGCUUGGUUUUCCAGAGUACAACCCGAUAUUUAUCAAGAAACUCAUAACAAUUGCAAUGGACCGCAAGAACAGGGAGAAAGAGAUGGCAUCUGUUCUUCUAUCCUCAUUAAGCAUGGAGCUGUUCUCUACCGAAGACGUUGUCAAGGGAUUCAUAAUGCUUCUUGAAUCUGCAGAAGAUACUGCACUGGACAUAUUGGAUGCCUCAGAUGAGCUUGGACUGUUCCUAGCCAGGGCAGUGAUCGAUGAUGUGCUUGCGCCUCUGAACUUAGAUGAGAUUGGCAGUGAACUUCCACCAAAAUGCAGUGGGGCUGAAACAUUGAACAUGGCACGCUCACUUGCCUCUGCCCGUCACGCUGGAGAGAGGCUUCUGAGAUGCUGGGGCGGCGGGACAGGAUGUGCCGUGGAGGAUGCCAAGGACAAGAUAGCAAAGCUCCUGGAGGAAUAUGAGAGUGGGGGCGAUUUAGGGGAAGCAUGCAACUGCAUCCGUGAGAUGGGGAUGCCUUUCUUCAACCAUGAGGUGGUCAAGAAGGCGCUUGUCAUGGCGAUGGAGAAGAAGACAGAGCGCACCCUCGAGCUGCUGCAAGAGUGCUUUGGUGAAGGGAUCAUAACCAUCAACCAGAUGACCAAGGGGUUCUCGAGGGUCAGGGACGGGCUUGAUGAUCUGGCUCUUGACAUUCCUGAUGCCCCGGAGAAGUUCCUCUCCUAUGUCGAGCAUGCGAAGAAGAAUGGGUGGCUUGUGUCCUCUUUCGGCGCCUCUGCUUCGACCUGAACCGAUGACCGAGCAAGCAGGAAGUGUCAAGCUGGACCGGUGAACGAAAACUGAAGAGGCAGGCAGCCAUAGCGGGGUGCAGCCCACCUAGUUCGUGUGCAUUUGCGUUUGCGUUUCUGAUGCACGUCUCUGGACGCUGUGUCGUAGGUAGCUGAACGAGCCCCUCUUGCUUGUGGUGGUGGCUCAUGUCUAGAUCUUGCAUCUCUGGACAUACCCUUGCUGUUCUUGCUGUGUUUUCAUUUCAACUUCUUUAUAGACCCUUCUUUUUACACCGAGUUAAACAGAUGCAAAGAAAAAUCGUCGUGUAAAAGUUUUACCA